UAUUCGAAGACAAAUGCUUUUAUCAGAUUAUUACAAUUGUCUAAAAGAGUUAACCUAGGGUUUAGACGCAGGAGGGGCUUUCAAUCUCUGAAAUUCGAUUUUGCUAGAAUUGUUAAUAGAAUCGAAGAGUUGAACCAAUUUUCAUCACCAGCUACAAAUGCCCUAGAACCUAACUCAAAAGAUUCGAAUCCAAAGUCCUUCGUUGCGGUUUAUCUGGAAAACAAAUUCGAUUUUUCCCCAAAACGAGCCCUACUCUAUUCCAAACACCUCAAAUUUGAUUCCCCUGAAAAACCCCUUUCGGUUAUCGCAUUCCUCAAGAAUCAUCAUUUUACCGAUUCCGUAAUCUCACGCAUUGUCAAGAAGUGGCCUUUGCUUUUGAGGCACUCCCCCAAAUCUAUUCUGCCCAAGAUUGAAUUUUUCCGUAAUUUGGGACUAUCGAGUUCAGAAAUAGUGAAGCUUUUGACAUUGCAGCCAAAUUUGCUGGAUAGAAGCAUAGAGAGCCACAUAAUCCCAUUUGUUGAUUUCCUUCGGAGCUUCCUAGGUUCCGACAGAGAUGUCGUGUUCUCGAUUCUGCGUCAUCCCGGUCUUCUUAGGGAGAAUUUGCACAAGACAUUAUUGCCUAAUGUGGGAAUCUUGAGAGAUGCAGGUGUGCCCCAAUCCCACAUUGUAGCCUUGCUGAAAGCUGAUUCUAGACGGUUGGCUCUUGAUCCCAACAGUUUUAGGCAAAAGGUGCAGGAGAUUCUUGAUCUCGGGUUUAGUCCCGCGACAAAGGGUUUCAUCUCAGGGUUGAAAGUGAGGAGGCAGUUGAGCAGUUUGUCAUGGAAGGAGAAGGUCGAGCAUUACACAAGAUGGGGUUGGUCCGAGGAUCAAGUGCUCGUUGCUAUCAGGAAGAAUCCGCGGAUCAUGGCAGUUUCCAAGGAUAAAAGUAGUAAAAUCUUGGAUUUUAUCAUCAACACAAUGGCAUGUGAUGUUUCUUUUUUCAUGACCAGGCCGGCGAUAUUGGUUUUGAGCUUCGAGAGAAGGAUUGCACCACGGUGUGCCUUUUACCAAGUUUUGUUGUCCAAAGGUUUGGUCAAGAGCUCGACCUUGGGCACGAUGCUUGUCUGUAAUCAGACCUUGUUUCUUGAGAAUUAUGUGAAGCGUUUUGGGGAGAAAGAUCCCCAGCUCUUAAAGCUCUAUCAGGAAAUCUUUAGUAACUGUAAAGCUUAGAUUUUUGGUGGUCAGGGCCAUAUCCUAACUGCUUUGCCUAUGGUUUAUCGUACAUUUUCAUUAUGCAUGCUGCUGAUUGUAAGCAAAGUUUGCAGUCGGAGAAUUUCGCUUUUUAUGAUUAAAGUAGGACCUAGAAUUGCCUUGUUUUGCAAUUUUGCUAGUGAUGUUUGUUGGAUUUAGGUAAUUGGUGGUUUUAAACAGUUGUAGUUUUCAUGGUUGUUUUCUGUCUUUUUUGGAUGCAAUCUAAAUCUUGUAGUGGACUUUCUUUGGGAAUUUGACAUCUCAUUUUUAUAUUGUUUCCAAGAGAAAAUCAA